AUGGCGGAGGACCCCUGGUAUCCUGACAGUGAUGAGGAGGAGGAGGCUCUGUUAAACCGCGCGUAUGACCGGUGGGAACAAUUGGGAGGAGCCGUUCCCGCCCGAGGCCCUCUCUUUCAGUUUACCAUGCAACCUAUGGGUCGACGACGCCGCUGGCGCAAUGUGGUGGAGCGGGCGCAAUUCAAUGCGCAAUUGCGUCAAUUGAGGGAUCCUGGUCCUGGGGAUAAUAUUGGCAUGGCCUUAACGGAAGCCUUGCAUCAAGCCAUUGAAACAGAACUCGACCGCGAGCAGCGACCCGCCCAUCAUUUCGUGAACUUUGCCAUUACAGCGCAUGGGUUCACCCACGCCUACCAAACCGCUAAUUUUACUGUGGGGGAAUUUUUGCAACGUACGGCUCGUUUAGAUGAGAUGUUAGCCACCCUCGCUGGCAAGUUAAACAGUAAUGAAGCCUUCAACCCCGAUCGUGGGUUCCAAGUGGAUGUGGUGUUUGUCUCCAUGCCCGGCCCAGGGUCUGGCCGACAUAAACAACGUAAUGUGGGACGUUUAUGCCUGGAUCGAGUCAACAAGAAAAAGCAAUGCAUUGUCACCAUCAAAAACAGAGAUACCCUAUGCUGUGCCCGUGCCAUUGUCACCAUGCGUGCUCAUUGCCAUAAAGAUGAAGGCGUGGACGGGUUUCGCGAUUGGGACAAUCUCAAACGUGGUCGUCCUGUGCAGCAACGUCAAGCCCAGGAUCUUCAUCAGCAAGCGGGCGUCGCGGAGGGUCCCUGUGGCAUCCCCGAACUUCGUCAAUUUCAACAGGCGUUGGGGUCUCACUAUCAACUCUUGGUGAUGACCCGGAUGAAACCGUUUUUUUUAAUCUUCAAAGGCCCUACUGCUCCUCAUCAGAUUCGUUUACUGAAAUCCAACGAUCAUUUUGAUGGCUGCACGUCCUUUCCCGCGUUUGUCAAUCGCUCGUAUUAUUGCCUGGAUUGUGAACGAGGGUUCAACACCAACGAUCGAACCAAUCAUACUUGUCAAGGGAGACGCUGUUCUGCCUGUGGACGCUUUGAUUGUCCGGAUUAUGUGCGGGGCACUCGCCCCGCCGAGUAUUGCAGUCUGUGUCACCGCAAGUUUUACGGCCAUCAAUGCAAACGUUAUCAUGAAAUCAGUGCCCAAUGUCAAUCUAUCAAAUGCUGUCGCAAGUGUCAAGCCCAAUACACGGUCCUCCGCAACCAACGUCAUCAGUGUGGGUACACCAAAUGUUCUGUGUGUCAGGAAUGGGUACCUAUCCAAGACCAUAAGUGUUACAUUCAGCCCGUGGUGGACGAACCAGAGGAGACUGAACCAACAGAGGAGGGGGGAGGUCGCAUGGUGGCGCCACCCCCUCCCCUGUUUGUUUACGCGGAUUUUGAAGCCAUGCAAAAUGCGGAAGGGGUGUUUGUGGCCAAUUUGUUAUGUUAUUCCUCCAGUGCCGAAACCACCAUUCAUGUAUUGGACGGGGAGGACUGUGCCCUACAAUUUUUGCGUGAUUUGGAUGAUCUCACGGACGUGCCGGACUGUGAGGGCGAGCGGGAGAUUCUCGUGGUGUUUCACAAUUUGAAAGGCUUCGAUGGGAUGUUUCUUCUCCAUGAAUUGUACCAGCAACAACGCGUGGUCGAGGAUCAACUGACCGUGGGGGCCAAAGUGUUGUCGUUCAAGAGUGGACCCCUCAAAUUCAUUGACUCGUUGUGUUUCUUGCCUAUGCCGCUGGCCUCUUUUCCCAGCACUUUCAAUUUGACCGAGUUAAAGAAGGGCUUCUUUCCCCAUUUGUUCAACACCCCCGAUCAUCAACAGUACGUGGGUCGUAUCCCCGAUCUGGAAUUUUAUGAUCCCGAUGGCAUGAUGGCCAAAAAGAAAGACGAACUGACCCGUUGGCACGCCGAUCAAGUCCGUCGCAAUGUCACGUUUAAUUUCCAGCAAGACAUGAUUGAGUAUUGCAAAUCGGAUGUGGCUCUAUUGAAAGCAGGGUGUGAAGCUUUUCAAGAGGAAUUUGAACAGCAGGCUGGCUUUAAUCCCAUGGCCAAGUGUAUCACCAUUGCCAGUGCCUGCAAUUUGUAUUGGCGCAAACAUCAUUUGACCCCCGACACCAUUGCGGUGGAACCACUGGUGGGGUGGCGAGGCGCCCAAGUCAAUCAAUCCCUCAAGGCCCUGCAAUGGCUCUAUUACCAAGAACACCUCAUUCCCAAAGAGGGGGCCUGUGCCGAUCGCAUACGUCACGUCCGUAACGGGGGCGAACAGUCCACCCGAACCAGCGCCCGUCAUUAUUUUGUGGAUGGCUACGAUCCUGUGACUCGUACCGUCUACGAGUUUCAUGGAUGUCUCUAUCAUGGCUGUCCCCGUUGUUAUCCCAACAGACAAGCCAAACAUUAUGCCACACCGGAUCGAACCGUGGAGGAACUCUAUCAAGCCACGCUCUCCAAACGCCAGGUUUUGCUCCGAGCAGGCUAUACGGUCAUUGAAAUGUGGGAGUGUGAAUGGGACCAACAGGUGGACACGAAUGAAACCGUCCAACGUUUUCUCAAUUCCUUCGAUCUGGUGGCACCCUUGGAACCCCGUGACGCCUUUUUUGGAGGUCGAACCGGUGCAGUGGCUCUGCAUGCUGUAGCUGGGGAGAAUGAAGAGAUACGUUAUGUGGAUGUGACCUCCCUGUACCCGUGGGUGAAUAAAAACUGUCCCUAUCCCAUCGGGCAUCCACGGAUCAUCACGCAACCCGCCGACCAGUCCCUAGAGUCUUAUUUUGGUGUCGCCACAGUGGACAUUCUUCCUCCCACUGGUUUGUUCCACCCUGUUCUACCCGUGCGUAGUGGGAACAAGCUCACGUUUCCUCUCUGUCGUGCUUGUGUUCAGACCGAGCAGGCCCAACCCAUGUUGACCCGAACCCAUUAUUGCCCUCAUUCCGAUGCGGAUCGCACGCUACGCGGCACCUGGUGCACACCCGAAUUGGUCAAAGCCGUCGAAAAGGGAUACACGCUGAUCAAGAUCCAUGAAGUCUGGCAUUUUCCCCCUGAGCAACGCCAAACGGGUCUUUUUGCCAAUUACGUGAACACGUGGCUCAAGUUGAAACAAGAAUCGGCAGGGUGGCCCAGCUGGUGUCAGACCCUUGAACAAAAACGCAACUACAUUCUUCGCUAUCAGGAACGGGAAGGCAUCCGAUUGGAUAUUGCCAGUAUUGCCAAGAACCCUGGUCGCAAGGCUACCGCCAAGCUCAUGCUCAACAGUUUCUGGGGCAAAUUCGGGGAGCGGAUCAACAAACCCACCACCGUCACUGUCCAACACCCUGCUGAUUUGUUCCAUCUCAUCUCUGAUGCUGCCCUCGAACUCAGUAUGCUCCGCCUUUGCACCGAUGAUAUCCUGGAAGCUGUUUACACUAGCGUCGACGACAAUGCUGUCAAAGGCACCAAGACCAAUAUUUUCAUAGCAGCGUUCACCACCUGUCAUGCUCGGCUCAAACUCUACGAGUCCCUAGACACCCUUCAACAGCAAGUCCUCUAUUAUGACACAGACAGUGUGGUGUACAAAUGGCGUCCCGGUCAACCCAGUAUUGCCACCGGAGAUUUUCUCGGGGAUAUGACGGACGAAUUAGAUGGUGACGUCAUUACUGAGUUCGUUUCGGGGGGUGCCAAGAAUUAUGGGUACCAGACCCGUGGUGGCAAAGUCGUGUGCAAGGUACGUGGUUUCACCCUCAACGUCCGUGGAUCCGCCAUUCUCAAUUUUCAGACGAUGAAAGAGAACAUUCUUUCCGAAUUAGAUUCGCCCCAGGAGUCUCGACGUAAUUUGAACAUUACCAACCCUUAUUAUUUCAAACGAGAUCUGGAAGAGAAACGCAUUCAAGUGGUUCCGCGCGUAAAGCAGUAUGGGUUGGUAUUCGACAAGCGCGUUAUUGAUGUCACCACCCGAUCCAGUUAUCCUUAUGGCUACGAAAGGAUUGGGGACGAACUCGACUUGCUAUUAGAUUUGUAA